AUAACAGUCCGACUAGACAAAAUCGCGCGAUCAUGUUUGUGAAAAGAAAAAAAGAAGCAGCUCGCGCGAUGCCUUGCGACUCUCUGUAGUUACUGUCGAGGGUGGGCCCAUCGGCUUUGGUGUAGUUGCACAUUCUUUUCUGUUGAUUUUCGAUUAUCUCGUCAUAUAUAUGCGGACUAGCGAUGAUAAAUGCUUCUCCCGCUGCUAAAACAAAUCUAUGGACGAAUUUUUUCAGGCAAUUUCGUGGGGGGAGCCUCAUCCCUCUCAGAAGCUCCCCAGCGAAAGCUGCUCUGAUGCUGAUGAAGAUGUGAUCAAGUCUGAGGUUUUUUUUUCCCAGAAUUGGAGAUCAGCUUCUCCGUCGCUACAACCAUGGGAUCCUGGAUCUUUACUGUACUCCAACUGGGCUCAGAGCCAUAAUCAGCCUGGAAUAAGCAGUGGAGGAGUUGUCCCAAACCAGAUCAGUAAUCAUUCUCCAAGCCUAAAGGAACUUACUAAUAAUCAUUCUAUUUUGAAAAGGAACCUAUCAAGCGUAUCUGGAUCAGAACGAGCUCUAAGGAAAAAGAGAAUUGAUCAGGCAUAUCGGGAAAGAUGUAAGAAUCACAAAAUGGAAAUGCAAUCGAAUGUGGAGAACCUUAAAGAAGAAAAUGAUUCUUUAAAGAAAGAGAAUACGUCCUUACUAAAGGAUUAUUCUUUAAUGAAUCGAACUUUGAGAGAUCAAGAAAAAGAGAUUGAACAGUUGAGGAAUGAUCUUCUUCAGCUUAAGCGCGAGCAUGAGAAGCAAAAUGUUCUUGUGCUAACACUUUCAGGGUUUUUAGCUGAUCAAAUGAGGCUUGAAAACGAGAAGCUAAAAGAUGAAAAUGCAUCAUUGAGGAAGAAUGCCAAUCCUAAUUGUAACUUACCACAGCUUGCAGAGGAGAAUGCAAAAUUAAGAAUUGAAAAUAAAGUACUCAAGGUGCAGAAUGAUGCUUUAUGUGGGAAGAUUAUCAGUGACGAUGACAAGAAGCGUGAACAAGAACUGGGUAAUCAUAUAGGAGUUACUUCGGUGGUGCUGUGAUGUUGCUAAUUCUCUUCAGUUAUGGUCUUUGAAUUUGGUCAUGUGUAUACUACCUCAUGUAUUGUUAUUCUAAUACAUGAACAGUGGAAUUUACUAACUAUAGCACGCAUAAGAAGUGUUGAUGUAUUGCCCUUACUAUAUAAAACAUUAGUGGUGAAAGUUGUUAAACUUAUUGUUGGUAAUUUUGCAUAAGUCUUCCAUAAUGUAGAUAUCGGCUGGGCUUUAUCAAUGUAUAAUAAUGCAUAAAAAGUCUUUGUUAUCGGAA